AUGGCCACAACAACUAAUAUUCUUCAUGACGUUGUUAGAGAUUAGUCAAUGGUAAAUUAUGUCUCAAAUAGAGAUAGACCACUCUAUUUUAAGAGGCCUCUUGUGCCUCAAAUGACAGACAUUCCUUUGCAUAUCUCUCGUCCUCCUGUAGAUUAAUAAGUGGAUUAUUAAACUAUGUAGAUGCAAUAAAAUGCUACCAUAGUUGAGGCACCUACAAAAGAUGCUUUUGUAUAAACAGAUUAUAGAGAAAGUGAGACUUAAACUGAUCCUUAUACUCCUAAAUGUUUUGUUCGUGAUGGAGAUCAUCCUGAGGUUAUGGAAUUAAAAGAUUAUAAGUAUGGAAAGGGACUCCCUGCAUCAAUUGAAGAGUUAGAAUAAAUUGAAUUAAAUCGUGAAAAAGUGUGGUUUGAAAAUUCCUUGCCUCCCAUUUCUGAUGAAGCAUCGUUUAAUUUACGUCGUAAAUUGAUGGAAGAAUAAGAACUACGUGAAUGGAGCAAAAAAGAAAAUGAAAUAAAAAAAUUCUAAAAUGAGAAACUUUAUUUGCUCCAAUAGGCUUUAAUUGAAAGAGAAAAAGAAGUCGAGGACAAGAGCUAAGAAAGAAUAGAAGAAAUCAGGUAAUAAAAGACUGAGCACAAGAAUAGAUAGAUUGCUAAGAUUUAAAGAAAAAAAAUUAAAAUUGACAGAAAGAUGACUAAAAGCAGAAAAAUGCAGGGUAAAGAGACUUUGAAGCGUGAUAUUAUUGAAGAUUAUGCUAAUUUUGCUUCUAGAGUUUACGCUGGUAUUACUCACGAAGGUCUUUCUCUUGAUAAGAUAGCUAACAAAUAUGAAGUAUAACCUCUAGCAUUAGGAAACUAUGAAAUGCUUCAAGCCCUCCAUGAAGGUAUUCGCCCAAGAGAGUUUGAAACAAGAGUCAAUCUCAAAAAGGAAAUUAAGGAAAUUGAAAAGAACUAUACAAGAUUGGAAAAUUAUCAUAGAGGCGAGCUUAAAAAGGCAUAAGAUGAAAUUAAUGGAGUUCAUGAAUAAAGCAAAGCCUAAUAAAAAUAAGAAGGAAACAACUUUUCUUACAGAAACUUCGAAAACAAAAUUCGUCCUGCAACUCCUACUUGGAAAUAUGACACUGAUUUUAACAUUAGUCCUUCUCUAAUAACAGAAAUUUAGGAGUACAGAGGUCCUAAUGGUGUUUAAUUGAUGCAAGCUGCUGAUAAGAGGGAAGAAGCUGUUCUCCUUUUACAAAGAUUGUUAAGAGGUAGAACUACUUAGAAUAUAAUGUACGAAGGUAAGAAAAAGCGUACUGCCCUUAUUGAAGAAUUGCUUACAGUAGCUCAAAUCGAAAACUUAGAGGAAGAUAAAGCUGAAGAAGUGCUCAUGUAACAACAUGAAGAAAAAGUUAAGAAUGCUGUACUAGAAAGCAUUUAAGGAGAAGUUAUAGCUGAAACUAUGGAUGAAUUAUCAAAGGAAUUGCUUCGUAUCAAGCAAGAAAGAAAGAUAUAGCAAAUGGUUGAAAUAGCUGAAAAGGACAGAAGAAUAAGAGAAAUCGAGGAAGCUGGUAAAAGACAAGCAGAAGAGAUUCUUAGAGACCGUGAAGACGUUCUUCACAAUUAACUUAUCAGAGUUCAUCAAGGCACCGUAGAUACAUAUUUAGAUUGGUUGAUGUCGAAUGCUUUAGAACAAUCUUCUGCAAGACAAGCCACAAUAAUGACAAAUUUAAGAAAGGCAAAAUUCAACUUGCCUUUGGAGGACUUCGAAAGAAAAUAUAAUAACAAUCAAACUCUUAUAAAGGAUCUUGUACACUCAUUCCUAAUUCCAAACGUACAACGCUCCAAGCUUAAAAAAUAAAUUCAAUUAGAGGAAAAGAGAUUUAGCGAGGCUGCUAAGAGAUCUCUUCAACAAACAAUAACCCGUGCAUCAAAUAAGCACGCAAAUGUUUAAAAUUGA